AUGGACUACCGUCAAUUUCUGGUGAUCUCGAUUGGGACUGGAGCACAUAAACAGACGGAGAGGUAUAGUGCCCGAGAGAGCGCUCGAUGGGGAUUGCUUGAGUGGCUAUGGAACAGAGGAAAAUCGCCACUCGUCCAAAUUUUCAGGGAGGCGACCUCGGACAUGGUGGAUAUCUAUGCUUCAGUCGUUUUCCAGGCACUGGAAAGUGAGGGCAACUACCUUCGCAUACAGGACGAUACCUUGACUGGCGCUGCGGCUUCGGUGGAUAAUUCAACGAAGUGGAACUUAAGAAAUUUAGUUCGGAUUGGGGAGAAUCUGCUGGAGAAGCCGGCGUCGCGGGUGAACUUGGAGACUGGGCAAUCGGUGCCGGUGGUGGAUGGGGAGGGAGGAACAAUGUCGAACAAGGAACGGCUUGUUAAAUUUGCCAAGACAUUGUCAGAUGAAAGGAAGCUUAGGCAAGAAAACUUGAUUAUUUAUGUGGAAGCAUGUGAGAGUGCCAGUAUCUUUGAAGGUUUAAUGCCAGAAGACCUUAAUGUAUAUGUGACAACAGCAUCCAAUGCUGUUGAAAACAGCUGGGAAACCUACUGUCCUGAUAUGGAUCCUCCACCACCACCGGAAUAUAUGACUUGCCUUGGUGACUUGUACAGCAUUGCAUGGAUGGAAGACAGGUUUGAGUUUUAUACCUAA